CCGUCACUUGCCUGCAAAAAAAAAUCUCUUACACUCGUAUAUUUUUGUCCUUUUAGUCUGUGGAAAUGGCUGGGGGUUGUAUCACUGGGGGAGUCUUAGGAUGAAGAGGCAUGUGGCUCGGAGCGAGCAAGGGGACUACAGUCCCACUGGGAAAGGAAACUUGAUGGGGGAGGGGAGCCACACCUCUGGCUCUACUCUUGGAUCUUGGCCUUGAAGGUCUGUGGAUGUCCGCCUGUGGUCCUUUUCUGGUCUUCCAGCAAUCCUGCUCCUCCGUCCUGUCUCUGAAUUUCUGCCUCAGUUUCUUCAGCCCUUUCUGUCUCUUACUAGUAGCCUUAUUUUCUCAACCACUGGAGCUUGAGUUGGUAAUUGCACUCAGGAUGUCCCUGAUUUCUGUGGGACAGCCUGGUUUUGGUCUUUCUCCAUGGCCUGUGGGUAUACCCUUCAGGAAGGGGUACGGCCUCUCCCAGGUAGGCCUCCUUAAGCUGAACCACACCCUUUUUUGGAGGCAGGAAGGGAAAAGGUAUCCUCACUUACAGAACUUCCCUUGGUGUGGGAGGCAGCAGCUGUGUGGGAGGCCCUAGCCCCUCAGGUUCGCCUGGCUCCCCAGGGCUGAGCAGAUGGUGUGGAGGCGGCAAGGGCUGGGAGUGCCCUAGUUUUUCCAUUUGUCUCACUGGGGACAACAGCUACUGUGCAGACAGGGGAUACGACUGUUGCACGUCCCUCCUUUGGUCCUCAAACCUGAAUUCACCAGGCACAGGGCACUAGUUUUUAGCCUUCUCCUGUCCUUUCAGUCUCCUUGCUUUUAGGCAGGGAGGGAUCUUAUUCCCUUAACAAGACAGAAGAAGAGGUGGCAGGAGAGAGUGGGCAACCAGGGAAAUCCAGUAUUUCUGGAAAACUGUUCAAAACACUGGUUUCACACUCUUGGUUCAGUAUACCAAAUCUGUGAUUCGGGUGAAAUAAGUUGUCGUAAAUGUAGUUUCCACAGGCUAUUUGAGACAUAAGCCCCGUCAGCCCGGGUAGACAUAAAGAUACACAUGAGUUGGGCAGAAGACACACGGUGGGCCCGGAGCUGUCCAGUCGCCUUCUGCCCUCGGGGCUCUCCAGGACGGAUGCGCUUUCCCCCAGCCCCCAGAGGGCGCUGUGGACGAACCGCCGCAUUGCUGGCGGCGUCCCGGGGAGGAGCCUCUCCCGCAGCCGAGGCCGCCUCCGCGAUCGCAAACCCGGAAGACGUGCCCUGGCAGCUGGAAGUGUGGGGCGGCUGGGCACCGCCAUGCAGUCCCUGGAGGUAGGUCUGGUUCCCGCUCCACAGAGGGAGCCGAGACUGACCCGGUGGCUGCGGAGAGGCAGUGGGAUCUUGGCGCACCUGGUCGCUUUGGGCUUCACCAUCUUUCUGACAGUGCUGUCCCGGCCAGGAACGAGUCUUUUCUCCUGGCACCCUGUAUUCAUGGCCUUGGCGUUCUGCCUCUGCAUGGCUGAGGCCAUCCUACUCUUCUCGCCUGAGCACUCCCUGUUCUUCUUCUGCUCCCGAAAGGCCCGGAUCCGACUCCAUUGGGCGGGGCAGACCCUAGCCAUCCUCUGCGCAGCCCUGGGCCUGGGCUUUAUCAUCUCCAGCAGGACCCGCAGUGAGCUGCCCCACCUGGUGUCCUGGCACAGCUGGGUAGGGGCUCUGACAUUGCUGGCCACUAGCGUCCAGGCACUGUGUGGGCUCUGCCUCCUCUGUCCCCGGGCAGCCAGGGUCUCAAGGGUGGCUCGCCUCAAGCUCUACCAUCUGACAUGUGGACUGGUGAUCUACCUAAUGGCUACGGUAACAGUGCUCCUGGGUAUGCACUCUGUGUGGUUCCAGGCCCAGAUCAAAGGUGCAGCCUGGUACCUGUGUCUGGCGCUGCCCCUCUAUCCAGCCCUGGUAAUCAUGCACCAGAUCUCCAGCUUCUACUUGCCAAGGAAGAAAAUGGAAAUGUGAAUUCCUCCAAACUGUGAAUCAAGAUGGGACACUUGACUUGGACUUCAGUGGUUCCUUUGGUGACCUUCAGGGAUCUACUUCAGAAGUGGUAGGGUUUUUGUAUUUCUUAGCUGGGCUAGGGGCUGCAGAAACCCAAACUGCUGUUGCUGACAGAUGACUCAGUGGGCCCAAAUGGGGAAAUGUACGGGGCGCAAGUGAAAGGUGAUGGGGAGCUUGAUCCUGAAGCCUCCACUCUUGAUGGGAGACAGAAGUGUCGGGUGGUGGUGGUGAUGGUACUGGCAGUCAUUUCUUGCUUGCAUGCCUGGUGAAAAGUUGGAUUCCUGUAACUUAUGAAUGACAGCUAUGGCUCUUUGGGUCACUUUGAGAAAGCAGUGUAGUGGAGAGAGCCAAUGGGUCUUGUUUAUGGGGUGUGGUCCUUGUACAUGCUAUUGUGGGACCUUAUGAGAGUCACAUGUCUCAGGACCUCAGUUUCCUCAUCUGUGUAAUGAGUGAUUGUUUCUAAACAAUUUCUCUUAACAUUCAGUGUCUGUCAAGUUGAUGUCACAGAACACCCUCUCAGGUCUGAACCGUGGGUUGGCCCACUCGGCAGACUCAGAGUGUAAUUCUUACAUUCAUUGUCUCCUUACCCCUCUGGAGGGACAGGUCUGCUCUCGUGGCCUUUCAGGAAUCUGUGCCGAUUUGGCCCCUGCACCAGGGGACAAGGGGUCAGGCACUGUGGAGAGAAGGGGCCCAGGUGAGGGUCUCCAGAACAUCAAGACAGUAAAGGCACUAAAGUCACUUUAAAACUUUUGGAGGAGCAAAAGGGCAUUGGCUUAACUAAGCCUCGGCUGGGCUUCUUAGCCCAGCUAAGAACGUCCUUCAGCUCACUUCAGGAUCUGGGCUUGAGGGCUGCGAGACAUCCAUUCUCAGUGGCAAAGUAGUCCUGAACAUCUCAUGUUUUGUCCUUCUUAGGGCUCAGGUCCUUGCCUGAGCACAUAGCUUCGUGCAGCUCUUCCGAAGCUGUUAGAACAAAAUAAGAGUCAAGGAAAUGGGGCAGGGCUCUUCUGAUCUAAGAGAAAACAAAGUGUCUCUGGUUCCCCUUCUCCCCUCGUCAGCUAAGCUUUCCUCAAGUGUCAUCUCUUGCCAGCUCUUUGGCCCAGGACAGGGCUGAAUUUGGUGCCAGCUGGCAAAUGAGGGCUGGGCUCUCUUCCCUGCAGAGACCCCUCCUUGUUCCAAACUGCAAGUAUCAGUAGUUCCCCAGACUGCCCUCGGUGAUAAGGGCUGGCUGCUAGAUUGGUUAACUGUCGUCUGGCUCAGUCGGGGAGCUGGGACCUCCGUAGACCAUGGCAAAUACUGAAAAUGGCUGAGCCAGGAAAUUGGUGUUAAGGCUGGUGGAGAGAGCUCAGUGGGAACUCUGGGAGGCCUGGGGUGUAGGGCCUGGAGCUCUAGGUCCCAGGAGCAGGAGUAGAUGUUCCUAGAUAGCAAUAUUUUGGAUAUCUCAGGUCUUUAGAAGAUUCAAGACCUCCUUUCUGGGUGGCUCAGAAGCAGGGAGGUUGGUAUGAUUCAACAGUACAGGCGUGAGAACUGCAGGGGCAGAGGGGUUCUCUGAGCGGACCUCGCUAGGAUCCUCCCGGGUCAGGUGUCAUCUCCUAGGAGCUCUCCAGACCCUGAACAUCUCAAGGGGGACCCCUGCUAUGCAGAGGGUGAUUGUUCCUGUCUUUUUCAUUGCCCUCUCUCCCCUCUCCAACUCCUCAGUGUGUUCUGAACUUGGGAGAGAUGGUUGCUGGGGCUGCAUGGAGGAGAUUCUCACUGAAGGUCGCUUUGAUCAGGGAGCCCAUCACCCCUUGCCCACCACAGUCAGUGCUGGGAGUCUUACUCUGUCUAUAGCAGGGUAGGAAGGCUGGGUGGGGUUCACCAGCUUGCUCUGGGAGCCAAGCAGGCAACACCAUAAAGCCCGAGCCUGCCUGAGGUGUUGCCUCCUCCCAGGUGGUGCGGGGGCUGGUGAGCGGGCAGGCUGGCUGACAGCCGGCAGUUUGCGUGGGCAGUGCCAGCUGAUGUCUAUUCCCAGCCCUGGGAGGAAGGGGGAGUCAUUUAUAUUCCGCAGGAGGAAGGGGUCCCAGCUGUCACUUCUCUGACCGGUAGGCCUCGGGGGUGGGGGGGCAGAGGCACAGGGCAGAGAGGGGGGCACAGGCGGUCUCCUGCUUAGCCAGUCUGACUGCAGUAUAGAGAGGAGGUCGCCAGGAGGAGCCCUUCUUCCCAGCUGGCCAGAUUGUAGGGGGACUUCCCUCCGCUCCCCUCCUUUCUCCUUCCAUCACCACCUGCCCUCACAUCCUGGGGCAGCAGCUGGGCAACCAUUAGACCUCAGUGCCAGAGCACUCUUCCUCCAGCUGGGAUCUCGGGGGCUGACGGCUGCAUAUGCCUCUUGCUUGUGUGUUUCCUCCUCCCUACACCCUCUAUCCCCCCACCUCCCUGUAUCUCCCCAUCUGGGGUGUUAUCUGGGCUCCUCAGGAGUGAGGCAGAGGCCUUGUGGGAGAAGCAAAUGGCUGCCCUUUUGCCCUUGUCCCCUAACUAGGGAAAGCUGCUAGUAGCCAGCCUGUUUUGCCUUUAAAAAAAAAAGCCAGGGUGUUCAAGUUUUUUUAAAUUCUGUGUCAUUUGCACAAAUUUGCAUAUCAAGCUCACUAAGUCCUGAUACCGAAUAUGAUUACAUUCAAACUCAGCCUUGAGGACAUUAGAAAUAUAGAUGCUUUUUGUAUCUAAAUCCAAAUGGUAAUAGGAUCACCAUUCUGGGUUCACGUACCACCCCAAAGCCCCCAUCUUUCCCAUAGCCACCGCUUUCCCACCCCAACACUUCCCCCCGCCCUGCCCCUGGCUGGGGGGUGGUGUUGAAUGGCAGGAGCUCUGUCUGGGGAAGUCUCCCAGCCUCACCUUCUUGGCUUUUCAGCUGCACCGAAGGUAGGCUGCUAUCUCUUGCCAGCCUGUGCCUCCUCUGUCCGCACCCUCUCACAGCGCAGACUACCUCUCCCCACUCCAACACCGGCCUGUCCCUUCCUUCUCAUCGUCCCCACCCUUCCACCCCUGGGCAUGGCUGCCGUGGGUCUUGUUUUUAAAACCUCACCGUGGGAGAUCCAGGCAUUCUUCCUGAGCCAGCUGGCUGCUAUGCCAAGGCCCGUUCGGAGUUAACAACAAUCGCUAGCUGAACAGUGCUGGGGUUUUUCAGCUCCAGAUCUCUAAGCACUUGCAGGCUGAGUCAGCCAGCCCUCACCUUCCCCCUCUUCUUGGGCUGCAGAGGGAGGAGGGGUCAGGAGUCUCACCUCCCAGCCAAGCCUUAUCCUUCCUCUGGGAGCGGGCCCUGAGCAUCCUCUGAGUAAACUAAUAAGGCCUUUUCACCUGACAAAGGUCAAGAUGUAGGGAACGUAGUACAUGCUCCACUGACACUGGUAGUGGUGGCUGUUGACCUUGAACCUCUAGUACUCCUGCCCUUCCUUCUGUUGACCUGUCUUGGCCUCCAGGGGACACCCCUGACUCCCUCAGCAUUUCUGGUGGCCCUCUGCAGGCUUAGGGAGCAGGGAGGCGUCUGGUUCAGUGCUCCCGCUGCCCCUGCGUCUGGUUGGCAUAAAGAGCCUACAUAUCAUGAAGUGAAAAGUGAAUCGACCUGGGAGCUAGGAAACCUACAGUCUGGGUUUACCCAGCUCCUAACACUGGUGUGGCCGCAGGCAAAUCACUUACUGCUUGACCUAUCUCACAGUGAUGUUGUGAGCGCUAGAUGACAGAAUGCUAUGUUAACAGGCAUUGGGAAGUUCAAAGCAUUGAACAGAUGUAAACAGGUGGUAUUA